AGAGUAUUUUAGCACUUCAGUUUGGGCGGAUUAAUCUGUCACUUUAACUUAAAUCUCGCUCCCAAAAAGUAUAAGAGGUAGGAGGAUUUUCCCAAGUUUUGUAAGAGCUCUCCUUUGAAAACUGUCCAUUAUGUAAUUCCCCUUCUUACACACUUCAUUAACAUAUAUACAUCAUCCCAUCCUAAAAUCUGUUUUCGGUCUAUUCCCACUGCUGAGGACAAAUAAACUAACGAAAUGUCUGCCUAUUACUACAAUUUAUAGAAAUUCUGCGGCGUUUGACCUUGAGCAGCCUAAUUCGGUAGCGUACGUUACAACGUGGUAAUAACAAAUGUCUUGGUUAUUCGGUUUCGGGAAACAAAAUUCGAAAGACUUCGAUAUUCCUAUUGAUGCUCCUACCCCUCCUGCUCCACCUCCCAGUUCAAAAGACAAAAGUCCUGGUGGCGAUACAGUUUCUGCUUAUCGAUUUGAUUCUGCCGCACUAGAAAGAGCUGCUAAGGCAGCCAAAGAGCUCGAACGAUCAAAACAUGCUAAGGAGGCCUUUAAUUUGUCUCAAAAGCAUGAAGAAACAUUACAGAUGGAGUAUCAGUCAAAAAUGAAGGAGUAUGAACUUGGACUAGAGCAGAUAAAGAUACAGCAGUAUAGAGCGCAACAGGAAGAACGGAGAAAAACCCUGGAAGAAGAAGCAAGAAUACAAAAACAGAGAGCUGAUUAUCAAGAUAUGCUUGCGCGGAAGCGUCAGGAAGACCAAGUAGCCUUGCAGGCUAAAGCUCAGGCUGAAAGUCUUAGGAAACAAGAAGAAUCUGUACAGAAACAGGAGGCUAUGCGAAGAGCGACAAUUGAAUUUGAAUCUGAUCUGCGCCAUAAAAAUGAAAUGAAGCAAAUAGAAGCCAAGAUCAGGGGCGAAGCUGAAGUUGAACGCGAAAAUCGUGAGAUACGGCUAGAACGCGCCCGUGUAGAUGCCCGCGAGUAUCGACAGACGGUUUUAGAAUCCAUUACUACUGCUGGUUCUGUCAUCGGCAGUGGCAUCAGCAGUUUUCUUUCGGAACCGGACAAGGUUGCCACAGUAAUUGGUUCAUUAACUUUGUUGGCUGGCGGUGUUUACGGGGCUAAAUAUGGGAUUGGAACAUUUACCAGAGUUGUUGAGUCUCGGAUAGGUAAACCUGCACUUGUUCGUGAAACAUCUCGGAUUAAUGCUGUGGACAGCUUCCGCCACCCUGUUAAGACAGUCAAGACGAUUUUCCAGCGUCCUACAGAUCCACUAGAUGGGAUAAUUUUGCGACCUGAAUUGGAAGCGUCUUUAAGAAAAAUAGCCAUAGCAACACGACAUACUAAAGCAAAUAGUGGCUUUUAUCGAAACGUUCUGAUGGCAGGUCCACCCGGUACUGGAAAGACAAUGUUUGCCAAGAGUUUAGCAAUGCAUUCUGGCAUGGACUAUGCUAUUUUGACUGGUGGAGAUAUCGCACCUAUGGGAAAUGAAGGAGUAACUGCAGUCCAUAAGGUUUUCGACUGGGCCAAAACUAGUCGGAAAGGAGUUCUACUAUUUGUGGAUGAAGCGGAUGCAUUUCUUCGAAAAAGAGAACAAGAAAGAAUAAGUGAAGGUAUUCGAGCAACUUUGAAUGCUUUCUUGUACAGAACUGGAGAACAAUCAAAGAAGUUUAUGUUAGUUCUAGCAAGUAAUCAACCAGAACAGUUUGACUGGGCAAUUAAUGAUCGUAUGGAUGAAAUUGUUCAGUUCACAUUGCCUGGUUUAGAAGAACGUGAACGACUUGUCCGACACUACUUUGAUCUUUUCCUUCUUCAACCUUCACUAACCAAGAGUCAUCGUAUUCGUCUAGCUGAAGACAUAAACUAUGCUGUGAAAUGUGCAGAUGUCGCAAAGAGGACUGAAGGUCUUUCUGGACGUGAAAUUUCCAAGAUUGCAGUUGGUUGGCAGACAGCUGCUUACUCUAGUGAAGAUGGUGUUUUAACAGAAAGUAUGAUGGAUGCUGUUGUUGAUAGUGCAGUAGCAGCUAAUCGUCAGAAGCAGGAAUGGAGACAUCAUAAACUUCCUGAUAGUGUGGAAGCUAUUCCGACAUAACUUCGACACAUAUGCACACACACACAACAGAAGGGCUGUAUUUUGCAUUAAACACUACAUCAUGUUCCCUUGUUGUACAUUGAUUUUAAUUCUCUUUUUAUCAAAUAAGUAGACUUUUUCAGAUAAAUGUAUGUAGUUUUUACAGUACACUCUAGUGAUCAAUACAGAAUAAUAUCGAAGUCAUCGUUUUUGUUGCCAUUGUUAUAAGUAAUUGUGCACAUUUAGCUACUGAAGUGAGGCAUUUAUUUUUCAGUUUAACAUAGUGCUAGGACGGAACGCCUAUCGUUGGCAAUCGUAAAGUCAUGAUUGGAAAGUUUUCGAUUGAGUUAUUUUCGGAGAGUCCUUAAGGUCAAGUAAUCAAUCAGAUAUUGAUUAUCUAUAUAUGGUUUAAAUUUCUGAAGAUGUGUAAAUGACAUAUAUCCUGUAUUUUGAAUAAAGUUGUCGCAG